AUGAAAAACUAUUCGGAUUAUACUUUGUUUAGGAACAUACCACUUUCUGAACCAGAGCUAGAAUUUAUGAAGAAAUUGAACCAAAUUUUUGAUGUAGAUUUUUGGAGGUGGCCAGGUACAGUGAAUAAGCCUAUAGACGUAAUGAUAGGACCCAAGGACCGGGACGAUUUUAAACGAAUGAUGGAUGAACGUCAGUACUACUAUACUACAGUAAUUCCCAAUAUACAAAGGGUACUUGACGAACAAACAGUAAAGAACUAUACCAGGAGAAAAAUGGAUACAUUUGAUUGGAAAAGCUACUUUCGUCUCGCCGAUAUUUAUGAAUGGAUCCACGAUUUAUCUAAAGCGCGCCCGAAGGAGGUCAAACUUAUAACUAUAGGAACAACAUAUGAGAAUCGAAAACUACUUGGACUUCAAGUCAUUUUAAGAGGAAGUAAAAGAAGAUCUGCAGUAAUAGUUGAGGGUGGAAUUCACGCCAGAGAAUGGAUUGCUCCAGCCUUCGUGACUUACAUGAUGAAUCAGAUCGUAAAUAGCGAUAGAUCUUCAAAUCUUGAACUUAAACACAUCGCUUUGCUAUACGAAUGGUAUUUCCUGCCCGUUGUCAACCCUGACGGCUAUGAAUACAGUCAUUCACAGGACAGAAUGUGGCGGAAGAACCGACGGCAGGGUCAUGGAGUAGAUAUCAAUAGAAACUUCGACUCUUCAUUUGGAGGUGAAGGAGUAAGCCGCCAAAAAAACAGUGAAAUAUAUUGCGGCGAGUACGCAUUCUCGGAGAAGGAGUCCGAAGCACUGGCCAACUUCAUUCGGUUAAAAUCUGAAAAGUUGGAAUAUUAUUUGGCGUUUCAUUCUUAUGGGCAAUGUAUGAUUAUACCGUACGCAUACUCGAAAGGUCACUUCCACAACUUCGACGAAGUAAGACAAAAGCUGAGCGAAGCACAUCUAACUCUAACUCGUAAAUACGGUACGAGAUAUUCAAUAGGGACUGCGUACGACACAGUGGGUUACAUGACAUCAGGUGUAAGUGGAUGUUGGGCUAAGCAAGUAUUCAAAGUUCCGUACGUAGCUACGUUUGAGCUACGUGACACUGGUCAGCAUGGGUUUGCCUUACCACCACAAUAUAUACUACCCACUUGUGAAGAAACCAUGGAUGGAUUACUAACAUUUCUAAAACCAAAAACUCUCAAAUUUGUAAAACUAUCUAACGCGCAAACCAAAAAAAUUUGUAAUGUGUUUGCUUUCAUAUUUAAUUUAUUAUUCUUUAUUAUAGCACGAUUUGACUGA